AGAUCACAAAAUUCAACUACAGAAGCCUCAACAGAAAUGUUAAUCCUCAAGUGUGUUCUUUAGGAAAAGAUCUACAGUACAUGUAUUUUCUAGAAUUCUUGUCAUACCCUUACAGUAUGUAAAAGAUAAAAGAAAACUAAAUGAAGAUGGAUUCAGGUCAAGAAAAGAAUAAUAUUUCUGUUAAAAAAGUUGAAAAUGCUAAAGAAGAUUGUAUUAGUGCCUCAACAGAUUUUGAAGUUGAUGUUGAUUUACGUCCAUACAUUACAUUUCAAGAGAGACUAUGCAAAAUUCUUCAUUCUCAUAAAUUUCAAGUAAUCAUCAUUUCUCUGGUUAUAUUUGAUUGCUUAUUGGUCAUUUCUGAAUUGAUGAUAGAUUUGGAAAUUGUACCAUUAGGUGAUGAACAUCAUAUUGCUCCACAUGUACUGCAUUAUAUGAGUAUUUUUAUAUUAAGUCUCUUCAUUAUUGAGAUAUCUGCAAAAAUCUAUGCAUUCCGUAAAGAAUUUUUUCUUCACAAACUGGAAGUAUUUGAUGCCAUUGUUGUCGUUUUGUCCUUUAGUUUGGAUAUUGCAUUCAGAAAUUCCAGCGGAGCAAUCAACGGCUCGGGUUUAAUUAUUAUUUUAAGAUUAUGGAGAGUAGCCAGGAUUUUAAAUGGAAUAGUGCUGUCAGUAAAGACACAGGCUGAGCACAAAUUAUCCAAAGAGAUUCAAUUGCGAGAAGCCGUAGAACAAGAGCUGGCGAAGUGUCGCAACUACUGUGCAGCUCUAGAGCAGGAAGUAGAGUCACUCCGCUCGGUCUUGAAAAUGAAUAAUAUAAAAGAACUGCCACCGACUGUAAUUAACAAGCCAGUUUUGCAACACAAUACUGUUAAUGUUGUUGCAGAAGUCAACAAUGCCACUGUACAUUAUUCAAACAUAAUGUAAAUUUUGUUUACACAAUUGUUCAGAUAAGGAAAGUAAUUAGAAUAUAAUAAUGAAAUAUAUUUUUAUAUCAAUUUUGAGAAACACUCAUGAUAAAAAGUUAUGUAAAUUACUUUUUUAACUGCUUUGUGCAUAAUAAAAUAUGAUUGAAAGAUUAACAUAUACUAAUUAAAAAAUUCAUAAAAGAAAAGAAAUAUUACAAUGGUCCAAUCAUAUUUAUCACAAUUUGUGGUAAUAAUGAGUGUAACUAAUAUAUUUUUUUAUUGCACGUUGUUAUACAAACCACAAGUAAUUUCAUAUUUUCUAGCAAUUGUCAUAAAUUAUAUAAAUAUUGACAAAAUUUAUUGUUUAUUAAUUAUAAAAAGCAAUAAUAAAAAUAUAUAUACUGUAGGUCUACAUUAAAAGAAGUGAUGUUUACCUGAUUGUAAAAUAAACAUUCAUAGCUAUAGAAAAAGUUAAUGAUGUCUUACAUUAUAAUUUUUAUAUUGUGAUAUUAAAAAUCACAGUAUUUUAUUCUAGUAUUGUACAUAUUAUAUAUAUAUAUAAAAUUUUAGAUUGUAUCAUUGAUUUAUGGUUAUGCUGAUUUUGAAUAUUUUAAAAAAAAACUUUUUUAGAAACAAAAGAAAAAAGGGUUAUGUAAUGAAAUUUCUUUUCCAAACAUUUCAUUAUUGUUUAAACAAUUUUUUUUAUAAUAACUGCAACUUGAAACUAGUAUUAAUAUAAAAUUUAUAUUAUACAAAUAGCUGUUUUAAAGCAAAUAAUUUCAGAAAUGUUUCAAUUUGUGCAAUACAGAUGAAAAAUGUACAUAAAACAAAAUGAAAUUUUUGGAAAUUAAAUAUUUUGAAACUGACAGUGAUAAGAAUCAAAGAAUAUUAGAUAAAUAAUUCAAUGUAUUUCUUCAAAUAACAAAUAUUGUAUGCAGUAAAUGUUAAAAAAGAAAUUAUGACUUGUUUUAACAUUUUGCUAAUAAUAUGCAGUCAUUUGUCAUACAUAUUGUCUUCAAUUUUAGUUGUAAUUUCUUUAAUAGUUCCUUCUCAAAAAUUGAGCAGAAAAUCAUAAUUGAAAAUUCAUGUCUAUUACCAUUUGUGAAUCAAUUUUAUAUCUAUUUAAUAUUUAAGUUGUGCAUGAGAACAGCUGAUCCAAUUUCUAUGAAACUUUGUAUAUAAAUUCAGGAUAGUCUGGAUAAGGAUAUAGACUACUUUUUAUUUCCAAAAUUUUGGUGUUUUUAUAAACUUUAGAAUUAUGUUAUUGUUUGUAAGAGUAAAUAUAGUUUAUACCUGGUUCUUAUCAAGCCUUUCACAUGAAUAGGAAGUUUUGCCCAGAGGUUGGUGAAUGUGUAGUGAAUCAUGAAAUUCAAAUGUAAUAGGCUAAUGUUGUGGACAUGGACACUUUUGCCUGUUAAUCAGUAAAGCUGGUCAUUGCUAUUUGAGCAAAAUGCAUACAGUAUUAAAUGUAUUACCAUUGCCAUUUUCACCUGUGUCAGAUUGUAAGAAAUUUUAGGGACUCAUUGACAAUAUAUAUAAAAUCCUCUUAAUUUUGAACUAUCUGAGUUCAAAUUAAUGUUACUUUGUAACUAUACUUUUGUCCUGGCCAGGGAUAUAGAGAUUUGCAUGUUGAGGAAUUUGGUUAGUUCAAAAUACGAAUACUACAAAAUUCAAAGUGAAAAUUCUGUCCUAAAUUAUUGUGUGUGUGUGUAAACUAGUUUGUUUAGAUCGAAGUGCCUCCAUGCUAUAAGAGAACAAUAGACCAAGAACAACUCUAAUCUGGCUUUGCUUUUACAGUAACACAUUUUAAGUGUCACCUUACCCAUGGGCUACUUUUUUUUUCCUCUCUCUUAUCUCAUAAAAUACAGCUGGUUUUCGGGAUUGCAAGAUUGGGUACGAGUAGCAGAUUGAGAUAUUUGUAGGGAUCAAGGCUACUAUAUUUGGGCGACUUAUACAUUUUGGGCCAUUUAAAAAAGUUUGGGCUAUAUUUCAAACAUUUUAUU